UGGUUAGGGGGCGGGGCUUAUGCACAUCGUGUUCUCAUGCUCCAUCUUCAAAAUAUACCAUUUCUGACAAAAAAGUAAAAUAUCAAAUGAGGUCUUCCUUUCAAAUUGUGUUGAAAUGAAUCUAUCAAUGUAGAUAUGUUCCAGAAAUGACCAGAAUUUUAACUAUCUGUAUCAGGAUUAUAUGGUGACCGCGUAUUCUUACUCUUCUUUACGAUUGACCUAGAUGAAUAUGAUUGGUUCAAUGUCUAGCUAAGCGGAUAAAUAUAUCACUACGCGCAGUCAAGGUUUUACUAUCAUUUAUGAAUGGAAUGUUCAAUAGUACGCACCAGAACAGAAACCGCAAAAACAACAAUGGAAACAAUAUCUAUCUGCGAUUUUCAACAGAUGUUAGUUGAAAACAAUUUCAACAAUACUUCAAGUCUUUUGAUCCUGGACUCGCGACCGUAUAUUUCUUACAACGAUGGACAUAUUGUCGGUGCGAAUAACAUGUACUGUCCUCCUAUCUCGAGAAGGAGGUAUGCAAAUGGGGGGAAACUUCGUCUGGAGAAGCUUUUAGACAGUGAAACAAGACAGAAACUAAUGGCAGGUGGUUUUUCGUACAUCGUUAUUUACGGAGAGAACGAAGAGGAACUCUUUCUUUCAGACAGCAAUGUUAACAUUGUCUGGCAUUCAAUAAAGCAGCUAGGAUACAGGGGGAAAUGCCAGCUUUUGAAAGGCGGAUAUGCCCAGUUUGAGCAGAAACAUCCCGGACUGUGUACAACGGUUGAAGAAAAGUCGAUGUUCUGCUAUCCCCCCGAACUCACCGCCCAAGAGAAAUCCCAAAGGCACGCUCUCUUCAGAACUAAUUCCACUCUGUCUGAACCAGUGGAGGUUUUUCCUCAUCUUUUCCUCGGGAAUGCCCUGACCGCCUCCAGUAUGUCAGACCUCCAGCGACUAGGAGUCACAGCCAUAUUAAACGUCUCAUCCACGUGUAAAAACCAUUUCACGACCCAAUUUGUCUACAAAAACAUUCCCGUGGACGACAACCACAUGACACAACUGUCGGAGUGGUUUUCAGAUGCUAUAUCUUUCAUCGAUGAAGUGAAAGGUGCGGGUGGGAAAACUCUCGUUCAUUGUCAUGCCGGAGUCAGUCGUUCUGCCACCAUCUGCAUUGCUUACGUCAUGUACAGCCGAAACAUAUCAUUGGAUGCAGCUUUCGAAUUCGUCAAAUCCCGUCGGAGUGAGAUUUCACCCAACGCAGGGUUUAUGCACCAACUACUAGAAUUCGAAAAAGAGUUGGAGCAGAAGAACCGCCACAUUUCCCCGCUAACCCCACCUAGUUCUCCACCUUGUCGAUUCUUCUCCGUUUCUUCCAGCUUUUGUAGCUCUAUGGACACGAGUGUUUCCUCGCCCUUCACGACACCAUUUUCGUCGCCAACGGCUCUUUCUAGUCCCAUGGUAGCCUUUACGUGAGAGGGCGAGUCCGAAAAUCUUGGGGGACCUAUGAUACACUACCUCAGUGGAGGUUGGAAACGAGGCUCGGGUCACCAGGCAAGUCUUGGAUCUUAUCGACUGUUUGCCAGCAAUUUGCGUUGGCAAACCAUCGCGUUUGCCGAUACGCAUUUGCAUCUAGUAGCAGUUGGCAAUUUUAUACCUGAAUACAUUGUGUAAACGGUUAUGAAGACGGGCAUGAACCGGCCAGCUUUGAGGAAGAACUAUUUGAUUUUGUCUCAAGACAAUCGAACUUUCCCUGCGUGUUUUGCAGCAAAUGUGUACAUUGUACCUGCAUAUUGUAUGACGUAAUAUUUCUUUUUUAAUUUCAUGUGUAUAAUACGAUAUUUGAAUGUUCUCGGUUCAGCGGUGUUUCUCGCUGUUUCAGUUUGUAGUAACUGUUAUAUGCAUAUCCAUACCAAAAAAAAUGUCUCUUGAAAUAUGCUACUGUGAUAAAGAAGAUAUUGUUAUGAAAUACAUGCAUAAAAUCAUUGAACGAAA